UAUAAUUGGUAAUAUUUUUCCAUUAAAUAUUGCCUUCUAUAAAAUUAUAAAAUAUAGUUGUCACUGCUAUCGAAAAAGCUUGUGUAUAGAUUGCGUGGGUGGAUCUGCUAGAUCCUAUGCGUGUUUAAAAGGUGCAGAUGAAUGUUAUAGUAAUAAAAUCAGGAAAAGUAUAUAAAAAUAGUUGUAACGAUAAGAGCUUGUACGAGGUCAGAUAUUAUUUAUACCUUUUUACCUUUAUCAUAUUAUAUGUGCAAGAACGAUUAAAGUUAACCACAAAAUGAAAUGUUAUCAACUGGUUCUGAUCGUUUUGAACGUAUGCUUAGUGCACACAUUUAAUUUAGAACCAAGAAUACCUGUUAUCAAAAAAGGAUUAAAUGGAUCUUAUUUCGGUUACUCUGUAGCCGAACAUCAAGAAACUUCCGACGAUGGAACAAUAUCAAAAAGCUGGAUGUUAAUUGGAGCUCCUUUAGAUCAAAAUAGGCAACCAGAAACUAAUAGAUCCGGUGCAUUGUGGCAAUGUCCUUUAACAACAUAUAAAACAGAUUGCACUCAAGUGAUUACAGAUGGACGAUUAACAGAAGGGAGUCUGUAUGACACAAAUCUUGAAUCUGAUGAUCUAAUACCACCAGGUAAUGAUGAAAUUAAAGAUAAUCAAUGGUUAGGAGUAACAGUACGCAGUCAAGGUUCUGGUGGCAAAGUAAUGGUUUGUGCUCAUAGACAUAUUGUAAAAACAGCAGAUUCUCAAUGGGGUCAAGGGCAAUGUUAUAUAUUGACACAAGAUUUGAAAUAUCAAGAUUUAAAAAAACCUUGCUCUGGAAAACCUACCAACAAAGCACAUGAACAGUUUGGAUAUUGUCAAGCAGGAACCAGUGGUGUCCUUACUUCGGAAAAUCGUGUCGUUAUUGGUACUCCCGGCCCACAUACUUGGAGAGGGACUUUAUAUCUCUUUACCGUUUCAGAUGAAUUUUUAACUAGGGAUAAUACAGUUUAUAAUGCUCCAAUGCAAGAUUCUUCUCCUGUUAACAAAUAUAGUUAUUUAGGGAUGUCUGUUACUGUGGGUGAUUUCUUUGGUACUGGAUUAGCUUAUGCUGCUGGAGCUCCGCGUUCAAAUGGUACAGGUCAAGUUGUUCUACUUACGCGACGCGAUUUUAAGCCAGAUAUGGAUGUUGCUCUUAUUUUGGAUGGUGAACAAUUUGCUUCAAGUUUUGGAUACGAAAUUACUUCUGCAGAUGUUAAUGGAGACAAAGUUGAUGAUCUUAUUGUAGCUGCACCUUUUUAUUUCAAUAAGGCAGAAGGGGGUGCAGUAUAUGUGUAUACUGAAUUACAAAAAACUUACAAGAAACGUGAAAAAAGUAAACCUAUUAAACUUGUUGGGCGUGAAGAAUCAAGAUUUGGAUUUGCUCUGACAAAUCUGAAAGAUUUAAAUAAAGAUGGAUAUGACGACAUUGCUAUUGGAGCCCCAUAUGAAAAAAAAGGAACAGUAUACAUAUAUCUUGGUUCAAAGAAUGGAAUAAUCACAGUACCAUCACAGGUUAUACAUGCAGAAGAUAUGCCAGAACCAUUACAAACAUUUGGCUAUUCACUAAGUGGUGGAAUUGAUAUGGAUCAAAAUGGAUAUUUCGAUUUAUUAGUAGGAGCUUAUGAAAACGACGCUGUAGCACUUCUUCGUUCGAAAAAAAUCAUUGAUAUUACGACUUCUAUUCAUUAUUUAAAAAAAGAUGGUACAUUUCAAGAAAAAAUGGAGCCUAUAGAUCCUAAUAAAGUUGGGUGUCCAGAAGAUCCAGAUUCAAACCAUACCUGUUUCUCAUUUGAAGCUUGUUGUGAGACAAAAUCUUUAGUAAAAGAAGAAGAUAUGCAAAAUCUAAAAUUAAAUUAUUAUAUUGAAGCUGAAACUUAUACUGGAGUUAAAAAAUUUUCUAGAGUUUGGUUUGGAACUGGGUAUUCUCAUUUACAUUACGUUAAUCGUACCGUUCAUUUAGAUACAACAAAAUUGAAGCAUUGUCAAAAAGAAAUAGUUUAUUUGAAGGAAAAUACACGUGAUAUUCAAUCACCUAUUAAAUUCCGUUUAAAUUACUCAUUAAUACAAGAAGAACCAAUUAUGCCAGCUGAAGGAGAACCUUUACCUGAUAUAAAGAAUUAUCCUAUAUUAAACCAACAAGAAGCUGCUCGUGUAUUUGAAGCCACCUUUCAAAAAGAUUGUGGUAAUAAUGAUAUUUGUGAAAGUGAUCUGCAAGUAAAGGCUCGAUUAAAUCUAUCAGCUUCUUCGGUGAAACCAAAUUUCUACGAACUUCUCCUUGGUGAAAGAGACGAAGUUGUGGUUGAUGUGAACGUGUCUAAUAUUGGGGAAUCUGCAUAUGAAGCACAAUUAUUUAUUGUUCAUUCUCAAAGUUUAAAUUAUAUCGCUAGUAAAAGCAAUGAUUCUGCAAUCUGUAAUUUAUAUAAUGCGACUAUAGUAGGCUGUUCUAUUGGAAAUCCUUUUAAAAAAGACAAACUAGUAAAUAUACAAGUAAGAUUUGAUCCAAAAGAACUAGAAGAUAAUAAAUCACAAUUGGAAUUUAUAAUAUUUGCAAAUUCCACUUCAAAAGAAAUAAAAGAAAAAGAACCUAUAAGAUUACAAGCUACAGUAUUGAAACAAGCAGAAUUAUCAAUUAAAGGGAGUGCGAAAAUUCAGUGGGCCUUUUAUGGUGGUCCAGUUAUAGGUGAAUCUGCCAUAAAACAUUUAAAUGAAGUAGGACCGAAAGUAUCGCAUGUGUACGAAGUGUUCAACGAGGGUCCAUGGAGAGUAAGUAGUUUAGAAGUUCACAUUUCGUGGCCUUAUGAGGUUGCGAAUGACAAAGCCCAUGGUAAAUGGCUUUUGUAUUUAGAAGAGCUACCGACUGUACAAGCUUUAGGUGAUGGUGAAUGUAUAUUACCAUCAGGGCAAGUAGUUAAUCCACUAAAAUUGCAAGAUAGUAUAAGCUACGAUGAUAUUGAUGUAUUCCAAUCUGUAAUAUCUACUCCUCCUCCCUUGCCACACAAUCAUACUAACCACAUGAGGACUAGACGAGAUACAGAAAAAGUUGUUAAUACACGAACGAUCAUUGAUAAAGAUGGUCACAGACGUCAAGUAGUUUCAAUGAAUUGUAAGACUGGGACUGCAAAAUGCUUUGAUAUUACAUGCUUUAUAUACAAUUUGCAACGAAAACAGGAGGCAAUUAUUACUGUUAAAGCAAGAUUGUGGAAUUCUACUCUUGUAGAAGAUUAUCCAAAAGUAGACGAAGUAAAAAUUGGUUCUAAUGCAAAAAUUGUUAUACCACCAAAUGUUGUAAUACAACAAGAAAAUUUAAAAGAUGAUUAUGCAAUUGCUGAAAUAAUUGUAUAUCCGAAUCUUCUUGAUCACCAAGAUGGUGAACCAGUACCAAUAUGGAUAAUCAUAGUAGCGGUUGCAGCAGGUUUGUUAUUAUUUAUCUUAAUUACUUUGGUUCUCCGAAAACUCGGGUUCUUUAAAAGACGGCGGCCAGAUCCUACUUUGUCAGGAAAUCUCGAGAAACAUAGAGAAGAUAAUCCAGAAAGUGAGGCAUUAUUUAAGCGCUAAACAUUUAUAACAGAAACAUUACAGAUUAUUGAUUGAUAUAUACUAUCUUAUAUACUUACAUAUAAAGUACUUACAAUGAAAAUUACAGCAAAAAUUAAUUCUUUAAAAAAGAAGGAGAAGAAAAAGUAGAUUAAUGCAAAACAUUUGGUAUCCAUAUUGUGAUAUAUUGACGUAUUUAUUCAUAUAAUUUUUUUAGAAAAGCACAAAAAUUUAUAAUGUUUUAUAUGUACUUACUAUCUAUUUAAUAACUACAUCAGUAGUUAUAUUUUUCAAUAAUAUUUAGGCCAUUGACUUUUUAUAAAUCUUUUUUUAACUAUAUACUAUUAUCAAAAAUCUUUAUGAAAUUAUUCAAAAUAUUAAAAUCGUAAGAACAUUAAAAAAUAUAAAGGUUACUUUGCGACAAUAAUGUUAUUUAAUUUGCACAUUUAUACAAGCGCACAAUUGAAGUAUA